GGCAGAGACAUUGAGAGAAGAACAGAAGACAACCAAUUGUUGGGCAGAGAUAGUUUGCUUCAAUCUCGGCAACCAUUCAUCCCCGCCAUUUCUUCCUCCCAAAAACCAGGACCUCAUUUUCAAAGCCCACACAACAAGAAAAUCUUCUCCCUUUCUCUCACUAUUCCAAUCUCUUCAACCCCAACACAUUCCACCUCCGUUGCUAUUCUGCAACAUUACUCACUGCCCCUUUUUCUUUCUUCAUUUUGCUUCUUAAAUGUAACAAACCGUCUCUUUAGCAAUGCUAUGGUUAAUUCGAGCUGCGCACCAUUCGACCAUUUUUCUCCGGCUCUAUCUCUCUAAGUCUUGGAUGGUUUUCAUUGACUUGGUGAUUUGGGGAGCUUCCGGCGGCCAACCAGUCAACGACAAUGGGUGGAACGAGGAUUGAAGUGCGUUGGAUUCUUUUUGUUUUUGUAGUUUUGACUCUUUUGAGUUUAUGGCCAUGCAUACGGUGCCAGGACGUGGACACUGAUUCUUAUAGUCAGACUGGUAACCCAGCCGUGCUUCCACUCAUCACCCAGGUUAUCUAUAGCCGCCUCUCCAAUCUCACCACCAUUUUCAAUGGGGAUAUUACUAAUAGCUUGGGAUUCUGCAUAAAGAAUGUUGAUGCUGAUUGGAAUGGGGCGUUCAAUUUUAGUGGAAAUUUGAAUUUCUUGACUGAUUGUAUCCGGCAGACAAAAGGAGACAUCACACAGAGGUUAUGCACGGCAGCAGAGAUGAAGUUCUACUUCAGUAGCUUCUUUGAUAGUGGGCCAACGAAAACCAAUUAUUUAAGACCCAACAAGAACUGUAAUUUGACAUCAUGGGUUUCUGGAUGUGAACCAGGGUGGACCUGCUCUGUUGGCAUGGAUCAGAAGGUUGAACUCAAAAAUUCGAAGGACAUGCCUUCAAGGACUCGUGACUGUCAACCUUGUUGUGCGGGUUUCUUCUGCCCCCAGGGCCUUACUUGCAUGAUACCUUGUCCACUAGGUUCUUACUGCCCACUUGGAAAACUUAAUAAAACCACUGGCAGAUGUGAGCCAUACGGCUACCAAAUACCACCUGGAAAACCAAAUCAUACUUGUGGUGGAGCAGAUAUUUGGGCUGAUGUUGAGAGUAGCAGAGAUGUAUUCUGCUCAGCAGGAUCAUACUGUCCAACUACCACCGAAAAAGUUCCUUGCAGUGAAGGACAUUACUGCCGGACGGGUUCUACAUCUGAAAAACGGUGCUUCAAGUUGACCACCUGUAACCCAAGUACUGCAAAUCAAAAUAUUCAUGCAUAUGGGAUAAUGCUUAUAGUUGCACUGAGUACUCUGUUGCUCAUUAUUUAUAAUUGUUCUGAUCAAGUUCUCACAACUCGAGAAAAAAGACAGGCGAAAUCUAGGGAAGCUGCAAUAAGAAGUGCACGAGAAACCGCACAAGCACGUGAAAGGUGGAAAUCUGCAAAAGAUGUAGCCAAGAAGCGCACACUUGGAUUGCAAGCACAGUUAUCACGUACAUUUUCUCGGGCAAAAUCUGUGAAGCAACCAGAACAGAAGGUUCUGGGUCAAGCUAAACCUGGUACAGAUGAUGCCUUAUUACCACCAUUGGCUCCUGUUACAGCAACCAAUGGUUCAAAAGCAAAGAAAAAGGAACAGAGCAACCUUACAAAAAUGUUGCAUGCCCUUGAGGAUGAUCCAGAGAAUCCUGAAGGCUUCAAUCUAGAUAUUGGAGAUAAACAUAUUAAAAAGAAUAUGCCAAAGGGUAAACAAAUGCAUACUCGCAGCCAAAUUUUCAAGUAUGCAUAUGGUCAACUUGAGAAGGAGAAAGCCAUGCAGCAGCAGGAUAAGAACUUGACCUUCUCAGGGGUUAUUUCAAUGGCAACAGAUGGAGAAAUCAGGACCAGACCUGUGAUUGAAGUUGCUUUCAAGGACCUAACCCUCACUCUCAAAGGGAAAAAUAAACAUCUGCUGAGGUGUGUUACUGGGAAAAUCAUGCCUGGUCGAGUUUCUGCUGUCAUGGGCCCUUCGGGGGCUGGGAAAACAACAUUUCUUUCUGCUCUGGUAGGAAAAACAACUGGAUGCACUAGGACAGGUUCAAUUCUUAUAAAUGGAAAAGAUGAAUCCAUCCACUCAUAUAAGAAAAUUAUCGGUUUUGUACCACAAGAUGAUAUAGUGCAUGGGAAUUUGACAGUAGAGGAGAAUCUCCGGUUCAGUGCACGGUGCAGACUAUCUGCCAACAUGCCAAAGCCAGACAAGGUUCUGGUAGUUGAAAGAGUAAUCGAGUCAUUGGGAUUACAGGCAGUGCGGGAUUCCCUGGUUGGAACUGUAGAGAAACGAGGAAUUUCUGGAGGCCAGAGGAAACGUGUAAAUGUUGGCCUAGAAAUGGUCAUGGAACCAUCAUUGUUGAUCUUGGAUGAGCCUACAUCGGGUUUGGACAGUUCAUCUUCCAACUUGCUUCUUCGAGCACUUCGCCGUGAAGCUCUAGAAGGGGUAAACAUCAGCAUGGUUGUUCACCAACCAAGCUAUACCUUGUUCAGGAUGUUCGAUGAUUUAAUACUUCUAGCCAAAGGUGGUCUUACAGUGUAUCAUGGAUCUGUGAAGAAGGUCGAAGAAUACUUUGCAGGCAUUGGGAUCACUGUACCUGAACGUGUUAACCCUCCAGAUCACUUCAUUGACAUUCUGGAGGGUAUAGUGAAACCAAGCUCAGGUGUAACUCAUCAGCAGCUUCCCAUUAGAUGGAUGCUUCAUAAUGGGUAUGCAGUGCCCCCAGAUAUGCUGCAACUUGCCGAUGGAAUUGCUUCACCCGCAGUGGGUUCAAAUCCAAGUGACGCAGCAGAUUCUAGUGCUCAUGGAGGAUCUGAACAAUCCUUUGCUGGAGAUUUGUGGCAGGAUGUCAAGUUUAAUGUUAGGCUAAAGCAUGAUAAUAUACAGCACAAUUUCUUAAGGUCCAAGGAUUUAUCCAACCGAGUAACUGCUGGUGUUCUCCGACAGUAUAGAUAUUUCCUUGGAAGGGUUGGUAAGCAGCGACUACGAGAAGCUAAAAUACAAGCAGUAGAUUAUCUCAUCCUGUUACUUGCUGGAGCUUGCUUAGGAACUCUUGCUAAAGUGAGCGAUGAAACAUUUGGGGCUCUUGGUUAUACUUAUACCGUCAUUGCUGUUUCACUCCUAUGUAAGAUUGCGGCUUUGAGAUCAUUUUCUCUGGACAAAUUACACUACUGGAGAGAGAGUGCAUCUGGCAUGAGCAGUCUGGCUUAUUUUCUCUCCAAGGAUACAAUUGACCAUUUCAACACAGUCGUCAAACCUUUGGUUUACCUCUCCAUGUUCUAUUUCUUCAACAAUCCUAGAUCGUCAUUCACAGAUAAUUACAUUGUCUUGCUCUGCCUUGUGUACUGUGUAACUGGCAUAGCCUAUGUAUUUGCAAUCUUUCUUGAACCUAGUCCAGCUCAACUGUGGUCAGUGCUUCUUCCUGUAGUUUUGACCCUCAUUGCAACACAGGAGAAUCAAACUGGAAUUGUGAAGCAAAUAGGAAAGUUGUGCUACACAAAAUAUGCUCUGGAAGCUUUUGUUAUUGCAAAUGCUCAAAGAUACUCUGGAGUGUGGCUAAUAACUCGCUGUGGUUCAUUGAUGGAAAGUGGCUAUGAUCUUGAUGAUUGGGAUCUUUGUUUAGUCUUUCUCAUCGUCAAUGGUGUAGUCUGUAGAAUUCUAGCUUUCUUUGUUAUGGUGACCUUCCAAAAGAAGUGAGUUUAAGCCUUCAUUUUAUGCAGGAUUUAUUUGUGUACAAAAUGUCAAAUUUCACUUUCCAUACUCUUGUAUAAUAUACAAGUGGGAACCAAACACCAAGAGGGAAAUGUAGAAAAAUUCUCCUUAGCAGAUAGGGAUUAGUGGCUAACCAUGAAAUAGAAUCAUGUAAAAUCACAUGUAUCCCAAUUCAGUUCUGUCUUUCAUAUCC